UCAGCUUUCCAAUAAGACAUCCUCAAACAUUUUUAGUAUGUUACGGUCUCUCAAAUUCUUAGACCUGUCAUCAAAUGGAAUAACUACAUUGUUUGUAUCAACCUUUGAUUUUCUUAUACAUUCGGAACAAUUAGAUCUUCGACACAACAACAUUGAAAGUUUCGACAUAAGUUUAAACACAUUGUCAACUAUAUUUUAUUUAAAUACUGCAUUUAACACUAUUCAAACACUGAGUAGACAAAUACAAAUUCAGCUUGAAAACAAAGAGAACUUUUAAUCGACUUAAGAAACAAUCCAUUAAACUACGGUUGUCAAAAUCAAGCAUUUAUUCAGUGGUUGAUACGAUGCAGAGACAACAUGGCAGAUUUCCAAUACUAUCAGUUCUUUAAUGACAAGACAGGACAGAUGUUUACAACAGAUGUCCUCGACGAUAUAAGCCAUCUAAAAUACAGGUAUUAUUCAUAUACUUUUAUCAUAAUAACAUGUGUAAUAGUGCUGGCGCUUUUUAUGUCCAUCGUCAUCGGUGGAUUUGUUUACAAAAACCGCUGGAAACUUAGGUAUUUAAUGUAUAGGACUAGGAACACGUUUUUUGGACACCGCAACUCGGCAUACUACACUGUUAUACAAAACUAUCAAUUCGAUGCAUUCAUAUCGUAUGAAGAAGACAAUACGAGAUUCAUACUUGAUGAUGUGAUUCCUCGUCUGGAGACGGAGAAUGUGUCACUUUGUCUUCAUCAAAGAGACUUCCUCCCUGGCAAUGAAAUCUCAGACAACAUAAUUCACGCCAUCCAGAGCAGCAGAAAGACGGUUGUCAUAUUGUCAAAUGCCUUUCUGAAGAGCAAGUGGUGCAUGUACGAAUUCAACAUGGGGCGAAUGGAGAGCAUAUAUUCUAGAGGCGAGGAAAUUUCGCUUGUUAUUGUGAUGCUGGAAACUGUACCUAACAGCGCUAUGCCGUUGGAAAUGGUACGAUGGAUUCAAGACAAUAAUUAUAUUGAAUACACUACCGAUCACGAGGGGAACGCUCUUUUCGAGGACAAACAGACGUGUGAUAACAUCGUAAAUCGAACAUGCUAAAUGUUAUCCUUAGUAUCUCUUUGUUUACUUUCUCCUCAGCAAUUUAAAUGAGUGUCGAUGUUUUAUCAUUAACAGCCUUGUGUAAGGUUAAUACUUUCUUGUAUGUUUUAUAUGAGGUCAAACAUGACCUAUUCCACUAUAAAUUCGCCCAUAAUAGUAGCAAUGUUGGUAAACAUUUGUUCAAGGGUGAGAUCGCCACGUCCUGUGUGUGUAGCUCAAUAGACAUUUCCAGAAAUGUCAUUUAUCUGUUGUAUUUCCAGCCACUUAGAUAUCACGUGUUUAGCGGUUUAACCAUGUUAUACAAAAGGUCAUUUGUUUGUAACACAUGGUUAUUGUUACGAUUGGCGAUAAUUAUCUAUGUUUCGUCAAACAAAAGCUGGUUAAUAGUUAAAAUCAAUAUUAAAUAAGUAUUUGUAUUUAAUUAUUUGAGUAUAUUAUUCGAUAGUCUUUUUAUAUGUUUAUUGGGAAAACACUUAAAGUCAUUAACAUAAUUUGCAAUAUCCGAUUUAUUAUCAAUAAAACUUUAAAAGCGAACUAGAUCUUUCGAAUCUUUAUGUAAAAUACGAAAUCAUACGAAUUAUUUAUUCUUGAAAGUAUAUUUUUAUUUGAA